AUGGAAAUAUUCAAUGAGAAAAGUUUUGAUACUGAUUUAGAUGACGAUGAAACAGGUAUCAAUCAAACUCAUGAUAAUACACUUCCACGUUUAUCAUUUGAUCAAAAACUGACAGCACAUCGAAGUAAUCGUUUAAAUGAAACAUUUGGUCAAAUAAAUUUUCCAUUUCAAUUUCAAUCUAAUAAAAAAGUUCGAACAAAUGAUGAUAUUCUCAUACCUUUACGAUGUAAAACUCCAUCUAACAAUGGAAGAAUUCAUAUAUAUGAAAAUAGUUGUCAUAUGCUUGACAUAGCAAUUGAUUGGCAAUUACAUAGUCUACUUUCCCAUGAUAAUAUAGCUGUUCAUAAUCGAUCAUUUAGUUUUAAUGAAAUACGUGCAUUUGCAACUGCAAUUGAAGCAAAUCUUGAAAGUUUAAUAUUAAGUUCGAUUGAUUUAAUAGCAAGUUCAAUACGUAUCCUUUGUCAAGGAUUAAGAAAAUGUGUUAAUCUUAAUCUAUUAGAUUUAUCAUGUAAUAAAUUAAGUAGGGAAAGUUUUAAACUAUUAGUUGAUACAAUUAAUUAUUGUACAUCAUUAAAUUAUUUAUCUUUGGCUAAUUGUGGUAUUCAAGAUUCAUAUGGUCGAUCUAUUGGUAAUUUAUGUCGACAUAAAAGACUAAUUGAAAUAAAUUUAAGUGGAAAUGAAUUUGAAGACAUGGCAUGUAUACUUAUUGGUGGUGCAUUAACGGAAAAUAUUAGAUUGAUAGAUUUAAAUUUAAGUUGGAAUUUUAUUCGAAGUUAUGCCUCAAUAGCUUUAUUUCGAGGAUUUGAAAUUAAUAAAACUUUAACAGAAUUUGAUAUAUCAUGGAGUAAUCUUGGUUAUGAUGGAAGUGUUGCUCUUCGUCGAGUAUUAAUUGUUAAUCAAUUUUUACAUCGUUUAAAUAUAAGUAAUUGUAAUAUUGAUCGAGCAAGUGCAAAAUUGAUUAGUGAAGGCUUAGAAAAAAAUUCAACACUUCAAAGAAUAAAUUUAUCAUUUAAUCCAUUAACAACUCAUGGUGUUCAUGAUAUUGUGCAAGCUUUGAAUCAUAAGAAAAGUGCGAUUUCAAUGUUUGAUAUUUCAGUAGGAUAA